AUGGCGGGAGCUAAGAGUUGCUCUGCCCCGUUGACGGUGGACAAUAUCCGUACCGAACUCAACUUGCCUGCGCCCACACCACACACUCUCAGGUUCCUGCGCACAAUCCUCGGGCUUGACGUAUGGGAGAAACAUGGCACGGUCCCUGCCGCGACAAAAGAGGUCUCAAAGAGACCGACGAGAGCUCGGAAUCCUGCGCCGGCUGCCUCCAAAAGGUGUCGCAAUGCACCACCGAAGGUUCCAAUCCACGAAAGCUCCGACGGAAAAGGUCCACGACUGUCGUCGGCAGACCGCCGCAAGAUCGCAACCGAGGUUUUCAAUUCUACACUGAAACAACUUGGUCAAGCCGCUAAGGCCGAGCAAGUUGCUUCAAGAUCCAGGAUCACAAAGACCACGCCACUCCGACUACCCAGUGUCCAACGAGCCCUUCAGGAACGAUCCCCUAACAGGGAAGGCAAAAAGCAUGCUAUACCUCAGAAGAAGGCCGCAGUACAAAGUGAAAGUCUUGAUUGGAGAGUGGUGGCGGAUAUGUCGCAUUCUGCGUUGCAUUAUCUGAGGGGAUGUGAGGACACAGAUCACGUACAGGGCAAAACACACGAAACGGGAUUGGAAAAUGCCUCUUUGAUAUUGCUCGACAGGACUAUUACACUGGGUCUGGUGGCCCAGGCACAAUGUCAGCUCUACGAGGUAUACCACAGGUACCUGGAAGAGAAGACGACGCAAGUACAUUCUACCGUAGGCGAAGCAAAUAUCGCCAGACACUUGCUUGCUCGAGCAGAUGCUGUGGAUCAAGCUUCGACCUUUGGAUUCACAACAUCAAUGCAAAGCCAGGGACUUCGUUUAGCUCUCCUGUUGGGUCCAAAAGCGAUCACCAAAGAACUCGUCCAUGCACUUCAAUUGGAGACUGUCGGAAGCCCGGCGUGGAUGAGUAUGCAAGGCUUUCAGAAAGGACUGCACAGCUCUGAGCAAGCAGGUCUGCAACUUCGGACUAUUUCGCUAGCCCUUUCCAAACUGUACACCCUGGGGCUAAAACCAGACGGCCAUGCGGUGUCUCAGGAGGAUCUUUUCGACCUAUUCUGUCUUGCUCUUCGACUGAAAUUCGAGUCGUGGACACGCCUGGGCCAUUCGCCCGACCCGGAAUCGGAAGUCUGGCGACAUUUCCAUCUCGCGGUCAAAAGGCUAUUUGCAGCUAAGACCAGCUCGCAGACAGCUAUAACCUCCGUCGUUCGGUACUUGCGGUCAUUCCAGAGGCUCCUCAAGCUUGCGGGAUGCGACGAUUCGAUUCCUCAUGGACUGGCUGAGAGUCUUUUACAGCCCACUCCAAGCAUUCAUCCGCAGCCGGAGAUUCUGACACUCGCAGAAGAGCAAAUCGCCAGCACGGACGCUGUCACAUCCCUCAUUUUUUGCUGCUACUCGUCUGCCUCACGGUUGAAGUUCUUUCCGCAGGACUCAGAGGCUGCCUUGCGCGCGAUCGAGCGGACCACUGCUGCAUUCAUCCAAACACGAUUCCCGACAGCUGCACAUCUUCAAAGGCUUCUUAUUUAUACCGCUUAUCUUCGCAAAGCAGCCCUCGAGGUCAUGAUGGUCGUUGAGAGAAAGCGAAAAGAACCUGGUGAGGACCCGGCCACAGCAAAUCUCCAGAGGGCAAUCGUCAACUUAAUGUACACCUCUUCCGGGGUUCUCUGUCGGCAAAUACAAGCAACCGUUUCGGACAUAGAACCCGGUCCAGGUAAAGCACGACCGGAGGUAUUUUUGACCACGCUCAUCAAGAACAUCGAGGCUGUCCUGUCGACAGAGAAAUGUUCUGUGACCCGAACGCCAGAAAUGGAAGAGUUGGCGUGUGAUAGUCUUCGCUCAUGCUCUGCUGUGAUUGAUUUCCUUCUCGCAGAUUCCUCCGGCUUGCUCUCGACCAGCACUCUCAGUGCGGCUGUCGGUCAACUGAAGGUGCGACUUUCCAAUGUGUUCUGGGUCCGGUUCCUCGAACUGGUUCAACAACGAAGGAAGUUAUCCGAACAAGCGGCAACGUUAGAACUAUCAGUCAAAGGAAUCCCAGGACUGCCAUUCGUCGACCAGAAGGCAGCAUACCUAGGUCUCAAAUACGAAAAGCUGACCACGUGCUAUCUGGAGAUGGGCGAUCAUGCUAUGGCCAAGUCUAUGCUUCAAAAAGCGAUCGACUUCAACAUCAAGGAGGGUACGCUCAGCGAAGUGGUUGAGCUACUUUUGAACGGCCGGUUCGACUCGGCAUGGUCUCAGCCAAACUCGAACUGCAAGUCCUUAGCAAGGAAUCUCGUUACGCAUGCCCGAUUGACGCUCAACAGCUCUGUGCCUGCAGGGAGCCACGAUCUGUUCUACGACAACCCAUCACUACCUCCGAUACACCGUGCUGUGCUGCUUGAGAAGCAAAUAUACGCCGUGGCUGAAAAAGACUUGCCUGACCAUCAAUUGUCUUUUUGGAAAGCACAGGUGGAAUUCGUUUUCCAACUCUUAGGCGAGCCCCAGUAUCAUGUCUACAAGUUGAAAUUUGCCAACAGCUUGAUGCACUCUGCGCUGAGAAAGAGGACACCAGUCUUGGAUUUCUUGGCUGAUGCUGCUCACGUUUGGCUGAGGCCGGACUCGGACCAGAAGAUAGGAGGAAACACCUUCCUCCGCGCAUUUGAGCCCGGUUGUCGCUCGCUGUUUACGCUACAAUUCGGCUUUCUCACAGGCCGGAUCACAAAACAUGCUCUGCAAGAGAAUGUCAAGCGUCUUUCUGACAUCAUUCGACCAUGCAGGACCAAGGCGGAUGUGGAACAGGUUCUUGCCGAUAUCGAGAACACCAUCCUUCCGUUACAGCUUAGCGUUGAGUACGCCGACAUAUUCGACGAUUCUGACAUUGCUCUCAUGGCGUUGAAGGCACUCUAUCACGUUAUGGAACUCGGGCUGCAAUCUGCCGAGCUAUCGAAGGCGAAUCUACUCCUACGGAUUGGGAGGGCUCACCAGUCUCUUCAGGACAUUUGCUCGGCCGAGAAAGCCUUCUUCGCAGCCGAGAAGAUGCUAGGCCUUGAAGAGGCCCAUGGUCUCUCCGAAGUGGAAUUCGCCUUAGACUAUUCAGAACAUUUUAUUGACAUUGACAACGUCGAAUUGUGUUUGAAUUGGUUGGAUCGUGCACGCCACGCGUGGGACAAUCGGGACAGGGCCGACGCGUCGCCCUCCAAUAAGUCCCGGCUAAGGGAACAGACUGCUCUCUGCAAGGCUGCCUAUCUAGUAUCUCGAUUAGCUUUUAACCGAGGCCAGCUGUCGGAGGCCACGACGUGUGGAAGACAGGCUGCCAAGAUUGCUGGAGGCAUCUGGCUUUCGAUUGAAAAAGCGUGGACGUCUGACGCGCCGUCAUCUCAAAGGAUCUCGGCAGAUGGAGAUUUGGAGAGCCUCAGCCUGGGUCUCUCAAAGCUCAACCUCUCCUCCCAACACAGUCCAUGGUUAAGAGCAAAUGCAGUUGGGUCUUGGCCGCAAAUCAGGCUGUACUGCUCGGUGUUCAGCAACCUGGCAGCUCUGAACGCACAUUGUGGCCUCUAUCAGGGGGCAGCGUGGUUGUACGAAGAAGCACUCAAGGUCGCCAGAAAAGCAGGGCGGUCGGUCCUUGAGGCCAGCCUCCUCAGUAAUGUUGCUCUACUGCAUGCCCGUGCUGGUCAGAAUGAGAAGGCUCAAAAAGGCCUUGAUGAUCUGUCGGCGGGUGGGCAUGAGAACAUUCCUCGGCUGAAUCAAGCUCUCAUCUGCAUCAAUCAAGCCGACACUCACCUUCUACUUGGAGAUCCCUCUUCGGCAGAACGAUGCUUUGUCGAAGCUCGGCAGCACUUGAACGCCGAAGCCAUUCGUUCGAACUGCACGCAGGCCGGUGAAGUCGCCAAAAAGAAGCCUUCCAAAACGGCAGUGAGACCUCCUGCUAGGAAAACGACCGUCAAGCCGAGGAGUAAAACAGCUCCCGCUAUCGCCAAAUCAACGGAAAGUAAAGCAGGCUCUUCGAUACUGAGUUCGGAGCUUCGAACAUUGCACGAAAGUCUGGCUGCUCUGCAAGCCAAGUUGCAAUUGUUCAAAUGCCCCCGUGCCAGCGGGUUUGAGACGGGGCCCGGCUCCAUGGCCGACGGUGACCUCGUGAACCCACGCAAGUCAAUGACGGACGCUCUCGGGCUCGUACAAACGGCAUUGAAGCUGUUUUCCGAGGACGCAGAGAACAACGUCCUCGCAGAAACCGCAAUGGCACUUCCGGUGAGAUAUAGGUCUGCAAGAAAAAGCGGUAGAGUGUCAUUCGUCCCUGAAGGCGCUUUACUUGUACGAAUGGCUAAGCCCACGGAGCUGAGCAAGAAACCGAGGCAAAAGGGUGCGGAUCAAGUGAAGAUCAAAGACGGCAAAGCACUCCUCUUGGAGGCCUAUCAUAUCUUGUCGACAGUGAACGACUGUCCGCAAGGUCGGAUCUCUUCCGACAUUAUUCACACGGUACACAAGAUUAUGACGCAAAUCAGUCUACUAUCCACAGCUUUGGGACAACCAUUUGUGACGUCCUCUUUGGAACUGGUGCUUGACAAGCUGUGUCCGAUGGAUCUGGCACGAGCCCGAGAACGGCUCGUCACCUUGAGCGAGCAAGCUACAGCUGAGAUGAGCGACAUACAAUCUUGGCCACGCCUCCAAGGGGAUGAUGUGUCUCAAGCUAGUGAGGACGUUGACAUGGAUCUAGAUCUACUGCCUGCCUCUUGGGCGAUUGUCGCCUUUGGCCUUAACGAAGACCGGAGCGAGUUGCUUGUUUCCCGUUUGAGUACAGGGAGGUCGCCAUUCAUCGUCAGAAUACCUCUGACCAGACCAGACUCGUCGGACGCCGAAACGGAAGACCUUGAUUUCGACAGUGCAAAAGGGGAGCUCCUGCAGAUCAUUGCGAAGGCCAAUUCAAGUGCUCACGACUCGAGAGGGAGCUCGGCUGACAAGUCUGUAAGGAGAUCCUGGUAUGAUGAACGGAAGGCGUUGGAUCAACAGCUUGCAACCCUGUUGGACAAUAUUGAGAAUGUCUGGUUUGGAGGGUUUCGGGGGCUGCUCGCCGCACCCGACACCGACGAGGCUGCGCUUCUGAAGUUCGGACAGAGCUUUGCAAGAACACUCAACAGGCAUCUUCCCUCCCGCCAGAAGUCGUCGAAAGCGGCAGGACCCAAAGUCGAGCUCCACAGUCAUGUACUCGAGCUGUUUGUGACUCUGGGACACCCCCGACAAGCGGAGCUCGAGGACGCUAUCACGGAUCUACUCUACUUUGUCACCGACAUUUUGCAGUUCAAUGGCGAGCGGAACGCAUACGACGAAAUCGACUUCGACGCCAUGGUGGUCGAGGUCUUGGAUGCCUUGCACGCAUACCACGACGAAAAGUCCAGACGCACGAAGAGCACGCAAAGUUCACAUGUGAUUUUGGUCCUGGAUAAGGAAUUGCAGGCCUUCCCGUGGGAGUCUCUGUCAUGCCUCAAGGGCCAAGCGGUGUCGAGAAUGCCAUCACUAGGUGCGGUUUGGGAAAGGUUGCAGGCGAUCCGCCAACAAGCUACCCAGAGCGACGGCUAUGUGGUUCCUGUGACUGGAGGGACGUAUAUUCUCAACCCGGCCUCCGACUUGACAUCGACGCAAGAGAUGUUCGGGGAAGUAUUUGGGAGCCAGCUAUCUCAGUUCAAGGCCAUUGUCAACCGAGCACCACAAGAGAAAGAGUUCGAAGAUGCUUUACACGGCGGCCCAUUAAUGCUCUACUUCGGCCACGGUGGCGGUGCCCAGUACAUCCGAGGCGGCAGGAUCCGCAGGUUGGACAAAUGUGCAGUGACACUGCUCAUGGGUUGCAGCAGUGCCAAACUGACCGAGUGUGGAGUGUACGAGCCGUACGGGAUGCCUUGGAAUUAUCUCAACGGCGGCAGUCCUGCUGUGGUGGGCAAUCUUUGGGACGUGACAGAUCGUGACAUUGACCGGUUUGCCAUGAAAUUGAUGAGCGAGUGGGGGCUAGUCGAAGUGAAGGACGAGCCAAAGACAGCGAACAAAGAAGGCAGAGGAAAGGCAGAAAGGGAAAGGGAAAAACAAAGCGUCAAGAAGCGUGGAUUGGUGUCUCUGGAUCAGGCUCUAGCCGGAGCGCGAGACGAGUGCUUGUUGAAGUACUUGAACGGCGCGGCGCCUGUGAUGUACGGUGUCCCGGUGUUUUUGGAGUAG